CAUGGUUUAUUCAGUAGCGUGUUGUCUGUCCUCAGAUGGAGUUCAACGAGAAGGAGCUGCGCAAGGAGAUCAGCUACGCCAUCAAGAACAUCCACGGCAUCAGAACUGGGCUCUUCACGCCGGACAUGGCCUUUGAGACCAUUGUGAAAAGGCAGAUUGGGAAGAUUAAAGAGCCGUGCCAGAAAUGUGUGGACAUGGUCAUUUCUGAGCUUGUCAGUACCGUUAGACAGUGUACCAAGAAGCUGGCCCAGUAUCCCAUGCUGAGAGAGGAGAUGGAGCGGAUCGUCACGCAGCACAUCCGCGACCGCGAGAGCCGCACUAAACAACAGGUGCUGCUGCUGAUCGACAUCGAGCUGGCGUAUAUGAACACCAACCAUGAAGACUUCAUCGGAUUUGCCAAUGCUCAACAGAGAAGCAGUCAGAUGAACAAGAAGAAAGCGGCUGGUAACCAGGUGAAGGGGGUUGAAUUACACGUCUGCCUUUCUCUGUUCCUCAUCUGUGUUUCUUAUUCUUUAUCUUCAUGCCCUUAUCAACUGAUCCAGGGCCAGGUGAUCAGGAAGGGCUGGCUGACCAUCAAUAACAUUGGCAUCAUGAAGGGCGGCGCUAAGGAGUACUGGUUUGUCCUGACGGCCGAAUCUCUGUCCUGGUACAAGGAUGACGAGGAGAAAGAGAAGAAGUACAUGCUACAGGUGGACAAUCUGAAGUUCAGAGAUGUGGAGAAGGGCUUCAUGUCCAGCAAACACAUCUUUGCCCUGUUCAACACUGAGCAAAGGAACGUGUAUAAGGACUACCGUCAGCUGGAGUUGGCCUGCGAGAGUCAGGAGGAUGUGGACGGAUGGAAGGCUUCGUUCCUGCGUGCCGGCGUCUAUCCUGAGCGCGUGGUGGAGAAGGAAAAGAGCGACGCUGGAGACGAGAACGGUUCGGACAGUUUCAUGCACUCCAUGGAUCCUCAGCUGGAGAGGCAGGUGGAGACCAUCCGAAACCUGGUGGACUCCUACAUGGGCAUCGUCAACAAGACUGUACGAGACCUGAUGCCCAAGACCAUCAUGCAUCUGAUGAUCAUUAAUGUAAGCAGCAUCAGAAGCUCGUCUGUGUUCAGCAGUGGUGAAAUGUUGUCUCCGGCGACCAGCCCGACCCCUCAGAGACGGGCCCCUCCUCCGGGGCCUCCGGCACGCCCAGGUUCUCGCGGCUCGGCCCCGGGGCCCCCUGCUGCCGGCGGGCCACCCGUUCCCUCUCGCCCGGGAGCCUCUCCCGACCCCUUCGGCGGGCCCCCACCUCAGGUCCCGUCCCGGCCUAACCGCGCACCUCCCAGCGUGCCCAGCGGCCCUUCUCGCCCCGAGAGCCCCUUUUCUCCACGCGACCCUUAGCAUCGUUUUCUUCUUCUGUUUUCCCCCACAUCGAGUUAAACCCACCAGCAUUGCAUCGGACACGAGCAAAGAACACGGAGGAACCCAAAAACCUUCCAGAUGUUUUGAGAAACCAGUUUCUGUCUUUGGUUAAACCUCCUUCAAGCUCAUUGUGGAGAUCCAGUAUCACAACCAUCAAGCCUUCUAGAAACUCCUCACAUUGUGACCCUUUAAAAAUGUCGUGUACGAGUUUCUUUCUUCCGUGGAACACAAAAGAAAAUGUUCCAACGGUUUCAGGUCCCAUUGACUUGCAUGGUACGGACAAACAAUACUGCGGAAGUCAAUGGGACCCAAAACGGGUUUGGUUCCCAACAUUCUUCAAAAUAUUGAAAUCCUGAAGUUGUUUAUUAUUUUGCAGUGCAAACGUGCCGAUGUAAGAGCUCUCCGGUACGAGGACGUGUGUUCACCCUCAGUGCUUGUGCUCAGAAAUCAUUCAUUCAUUAGUGAACCUGAACCUUCGGUGGGGCUGGAUUGAAUUAGAGAGUGCAAUAUAUUCACCGGUCAGCCGUAUCUAGACGCUGACCGCACGUUCAUGUCAUUUAAUACACAAAUAGUGCCGUUUUAGGGUGAACAGACGUUCUCGAGUUCGGUGAGACGCUUGUGUGUUUACACUUCUUUUAAUAAAUCGAGACUAAUGCUGAAGACUGUUCAGGACGAAUGAUCACGCCGGGAUGGUUGGAUGUUUGGAAGUGAAUACUUGCUGUACAGUAUAUACUGUUUACUAACAAAUAGCAUGUGAAAGUGCACUAUUCAAUGUUAAACAGUAGUAUGCAACAUUGUCGACUCACUGCAUGUUUAAUUCAGCAAGCUGCAUUCAGAUAUUAAGUCAUUUUUGCAUUUUAAAGUCUGAACAAACUCAAAUCUGCACAUUUUUUGGUCAUUAGGGUAUCCAUACAGAACAUUUGCAUACUGUGCAUAGUGUACAUACUGCAGAAAUAGUAACAGUUGUGUGCUAUUCUGAACAUGAAGUUGAUUAAAGGUGCUGUAAGAGAUUUUUAGUUUCCAUCACGUCGAUCAAGCCACAACUCUUUUUUGGCAUUAAAAAUAGUUUAAAGCACCUUUAAACAUCACCGAUGGACAUUUUUUCACGUGUGCGUGGACAGCUGUCCCUCGUGCAUUGAAAUUAUGCAAAGUUUUGUCAGUAAUUUAAGGUUCAUUACGAAAAUCAAGAUCUAGCAAAAAGAGAAACGUAAAAUAUCACUCGUUUGUUCUGAUG